GGGCCUUGCCUGAGAUCGGUUGGGAUCGGUGACUAUAGCGAUCGCGCGAGGAGGUACCUCGAGGGCCCGCCAACAGUAAAAAACUGCAAUAACCCGCCGGCGUCUCCAUGUUGGAGCGCACUAAUGUUGUAUAAUAGCAUGCAGUUCGCAUACAGUUACACGUGGAACAAAGAGAUUAUCGUGGCCUCGCAGAAGCUGGUGAAAAGACGCUGAAGUGCCCGAUAGGCGGUGGCAGCAGCAAGCUAGGUCCCCCGUACCGCGGAACGACCGAGCACAGCCGCCGAAGCGCGACCAGCCGCCACGAUCCAAGGGCUCAACGGAACAACAACAACAACAACCCGCCCGGUUAUCGUCUUUGCUUCCUCCUCCUUUUAUCGUGGCCGUUUGUCUCGAUUUUUUGGACUAUCUGUGAACGACGAUUGUCUCGUUUCUACCACCACGAACUGUACGACACCCACUCGCCUCUGGGGAAAACCAAAAUCACGUGGGCUUUGUUUCGUUUCUACAAUCGGACCGGCGAACCCAUCUGGGCGUCCGACGAACAACAGCUGGCGGACACUCGUAACUGCGCGCACGGCAAAUCACAGUCAUGGCUGCUAUAUGCUACAACGAAUCAUUUACCGAUUGGUUCGAGGAGAAAAUCGAUAUACCGAUUUUCGAGGAGCUACCAGCCCCGGAAUGCGGACAGAACCGCGCGGCCAUCAUAUACUCUAGUUUGUCGAAACACCAACUUCAACCAUCACAAAUUCAUGUUCCUGUCCAGCAGCAGCAACAACAACAGGUGCUUAUUCAACAACAGCAGCAGCAGCAAAAUGUUGAUGCCACGCAGACACUGCUGCGGGAGUUCGAGACUGUGCUGGGCGAUGUCGAGGCUUGCCAUCACAUACCCUCGAUAAUUUCAACCCUCACUCCACCCCAGUCUCCGCCACCGAACGCCAAGCAACACCAACUGCAGCAGCAACAACAAAAUCUCGUUGUAGCGCCCAACACCGCCCAUUUGCUCGUCUCCCUGCAGCCCCUACAGCACCAGUCUCAGGUGGCCUAUGUUUACGAGCAGCAACAACACAACCACCAACAACAGCAACACCAGGAGUCGAUAGCAGCCGUGUCAUUGCUCCAGCAACAACUACAACAACAACAACAACAACAGCACCAACUUACUGAAAACUAUGACGUUUCGGCCUUGCCUGUAGUCCAGCAGCAACAGCAGCAGAUUGCCGAGCACUGGAAUCCAGAGAACCUGUCGUUGGUUCCGCUUGUUCACGGUUGUGACGUCGUCCAAGAGCUCACCAAAGUUGACGAGUAUAUGCUCAGUUGCACCACUAAUGUGCCCGUUGACCACAUCUCCUCCGCCUCGUCCCAGUGCGGCAGCUCAUCCUCGGCACCUCCGUCACCCUGCACCUCUUCCAACGCCAGCUGCAUCUCCUCCGAGGACUCGGCCGACGAUCCGGACUGGUCCUUCGAGCCCACAUCCAGCGGUAGUGGUGGUCGCCGUGCCAGCCAGACCAAGCGUGCUGGUCGCCGGGCUGCCAGCAGCAAGCCCUACACGAGGCCUAACGUCGAGGACAAGCGGGUACGCAAGAAAGAACAGAACAAGAACGCCGCGACGCGCUACCGUCAGAAGAAGAAGCAGGAGAUCAAGGAUAUAUUGGGUGAGGAGCGCGAGCUCUCAGACAAGAACGAAGAGUUGCGGGCCAAGCUCAAAGAUCUGCAGCUGGAGAUGGGCUACCUCAAGGGUAUCAUGCGCGCUUUCUAUCAAAAAAAGGGCUUAAUUAAAUAAAAUAGUACUUGAAUAAAUAAACAUAUAUGAAAAAGUGUUUGUUGUCCUUGUACCCCCAGAGUUCUCAUUCGCUUACCAUGUGGUUACCAAAAAUGUGAAACAUUUCAAAUUUUUGGGGUGAAAGAAAAUUUGUGGUAGCUAGACGGUGGAAAGAGAUAAGAGCUUUGGACGUUUCAUGGCUAACAAUGUACACUUUUUGCUAGUUGAACGUCGUUUCUCCAUACUCCACGAUAAAGCUUCGUAUUUCACAAUUUUUUUCAUCCCCACUUUGAUUAUACUUGUACCAAUAAUUGGCUGGACGCUCUUUGUUAUCUUAAUUCUUGACAUACGAGUUGAUGUUAAAUAUUAUUCAAGUCUGGCAUGGUUCACGAAAUCCUUGUUAUUUUUAAAUUUAUGUAUGAUUCUGAGGAUUGAAAACUAUUGAAUUGUUCUCAACGAACAAUAUACAAAUUGAAAGCAAUAAGAAGCAAAUAAGUGUGGCACCACGAGGAUAUUCAACUUUCACCGACAUAUGAUUCAAACUUGACCCUUUUCUUUGGUCGUUCUUACUAUAAUCUAUAUAUAAUCAUCUAUACACGUAUUUUAUAACGGCUCUCUUAAAGUAAUUUUUUCCGUAAUUUUACAUACUUACCAUCUUUUACAGUAAAGAGAGAGACUUUGCUUUUAUAAGCAAAUAUCAUUAUUUUUAUUAUUAUUAUUAUUAUUAUUUUUAUUAUUAUUGUUAUUCAGUGUUUUUUCUUAUUCUUUAUACAUAAUAGUAUGUAUGACCUGUAUCAAUUUACCAUUUUUUUUCUUAAUCGUCAAAACCACGAUUUCACCAAUAUAAUAACAAGGUAAACAGAUUUAAUAGGUUUUUAGUAGUUCUAAUACUGUAAUAAUACUUAAUUUAGUCUUUCCCCUCAGACUUGUGCUCGCGUAUAUUCUAUGUGUAAUGUACAACAAAUUUGUGCACUCGUGGCGGCUAAACCAACAACAUUUCUGUUGUCCGUAAGCUUAUCGAGUAUUGCAGGUUUAGAAUGGUUUAAUCGUCGAUGUAUGUAAUAAUAAAAAAAAAAAAUAUCACACUUCCACACAGCGUGCAUUUAAUUAAUCAGCCGUCAGUGUGCGUCAACUAACAUCCACUUGUAAAUUAAUAGCGGCAGUUUGAAGCAGUGAAAAAUUAUUUGUACAAUCCUCUUUUACCAAACGAAGCGACGUGUGUACUGAAAGAAACGAAAAAUAGAAAAUUGUGUUUGCGUGGGAGACGACAAUGAUAUUUUUCCUUUCUAUUCUAAAACUGCGAUCAAAUAAAAUUAAAGAAAUGUUUGUCGAUUCUGCGCAAGUCGUUGCCUCGUCGACGCAAAACCAGCGACCCCAUGACAUCUUCUCACGGAAGGUUGAAACCCGUCGUUGGCGUCGCGUCGAUUUUCAGGCAAUUGCUCUCCGUGUAUAGGAACUCAUUCCAGAUGAUAAUUGUUUUAAAUUAAUUGCAUAUACCUUUAACCCUCAGCCUAUAUGUAUAAACACACACAUAAUUUGUAGUUACGACGUGUCCUUUUUCCGGAUCUCCGAGCCUCGUUGAAAGGCACUGUCGUAUAUGGCAAUCGAAAAAACUUGAGCAAAUAAAUGUGGGUUAUCGAAGAAAA